UAACCUCAAAUAAUAAUUUAGGUUAUCAACAGUUAUUUUUUGUGUGAAAGUUGAAUAAUAUACUCAGCAAAAAUGGGCGACACACAUGCAGAAAAUGUCCAAUUACCCAACCAUUUAAAUACAGCCACAUUCGCAGCAGCCAGAAGUAGGGAAAUUCAAGUAAUGAAUAAAAACAUUACCACUUCCUCAGCUGUAAAACUGGCCUUUCAAAAGCUCCCUCAACAUAUGAGGAGAAGAGCAAUGUCGCACAACGUUAAGAGGCUGCCAAGACGUUUGCGCGAAAUUCAUUUAAAUCAAAUGAUCAAAUCUGGUUUGCCACCGAAAACUAAACGUCCUUCUAGAAAAUACAGAAGAAGGCCGUGUGAACUAAUUAGUGAGUAUAUGCGAAGAACAAGAAGAGUAGCUUGGUUAAAUACGCACAUUUGGCAUGCCAAAAGAUUCCACAUUAUAGAAAAAUGGGGAUACAAGUUACCAAAUUGUCCUUGCGAUAAAGCUUUUCGAGCUUGUUAUAGGGCUACCGUAGGUCACUGUUUGAUUCAAGAUAUUUCUUACUACAAUUGUGUAGAAAUUUCAGGUAACUUUGAAGAUCUUGUAACUAUCUUUAAAACCAUUACUGAUGAAAAAUGUGGAUUGAGCGUCACAGCCAAAGCAUAUUUAAAUGGUUCAAGGGAAGGCAGUACUGUUAUAGUCCGACCUGACAAUCACAAGCCUAUAGGAUUAGUUUAUUUUAACUGGAGACCCAAAAUUGAAGACAAUAAACGGACAAUUUGGUUGUGGUGUCAUGCAGCCUUUGUUCAAGAGUUAAAAAAUGUAUUUAUUGAACAUUUUCAACUUACGUCUCCAACAGGGAAUGAAAUAUAUGGUAGUGAAAGAAUGACAUUAAAAUCUAAUACGAAUCUGAGCAGAUUUAGGUUGACUGGACCACUUUCGAAUGCAGUGCUCCAUAACGCAUUCAAAAUUGCAAAAGAAAGUGAUUCAAAUCCUGAAUGGGUAAAGGACUACUUCCAAGCAACAAAAGCAGAAACAAUUUGUAAUUCUCUUGAAUAUUGGGAGCAAUUAAAGACAGCAUCAUGUGCUUCAGAGGUUUCACCUCAUUUGAUCCUACCACUGAUAGUAGCUGAUCCCAGGUACACUUUUCCCAAAAAGAGAACCAAAUCUGAAGUUAUUUCAGGCCCUGGUCCAACAGAUGUCACAUUGUGUGGGAAUUUUUCAGAAAGUCAGCUUUGGGACAAUGCCAUAAGGAAUGAGGUUGAGGAAAAGAAAGUUUCCAAUGCCGUAAUAAAUGAAACGAGGCAAAAUUUGCUCGUGCCUGGCACUGAAUUACCAGAACCACCAGCACUUUUUCCUAUUAUACUGAUUCAGAGACCUGGAAAAAAGAGUCCAGAAAAUAGAGGCUAUGGCUGCGGUUGGGAUAUAAUCCUACCUUCUGCCUGGGCUCAACCAAUGUGGAUUUCACUUGUAAUGUGGGGAGGUAGGGCUGGCGGUUUAAGAGAAACUGAUUCAAUAUUGUUCGAGUCUGGCCACCAGUAUCAUCUACAUCCUGAUACGUUAGCAGGCGAGAAGGAAGAACAUGACUUGUCUUCCAAAUGUAAAGAGAGAUUCUUUAAAAUGCCUGUUAAUAAACGGACCAACUUCGCCAGAUUUGCAAUCUCCAGUCCGCUGGAUUAUAAUUGGAAGAUAUUGUUGACUGAAUGGUCACUAAACGGCAAAGAAGUGUCAGAUUUUUUUGUACUCAGGGACAAAAAACUUUUAAAAAGUAUUCAGGAUGUACUAUCAAAAAAGUCGAAGGAACAAAUCCAACUAGAGGAUAAUUGUCUAGUCCCUGUGCAAAUAACAUCAAUGAAAAGAGGCAAUUGUCGACCGUUUUCCAUAAUUUGUUUACCACAUGAAGAAGACUUAGCCAAAGAACCAGAAGAACCUAAGUGUAAAGAUAUUUACGCAGAAGAAAGGAAGAGUCUGAGACGAGACCAUAAACAGUUGUUAAAGAGAUUGAGAAAACGUAGGAUAAGAGAGAAGAGAAAGGGAAAGAUAAUACCAAUAGACCAAGACAUGCUUAAAAACUACACCAACAAGAUGAGGAAGUUGUGGCUACCUGAACCAACUACUAUUAGAAAGUCUUGCACUCGGGAAGUAAUGGGCUUCGUAAAACAUGGCGGAUAUAGCUUCCUGGCGGGUAAAAGUAAAGCAAUAGGAUACAUAACAGCAGGGGCUCUAUCCUCGUUAUUGUCGACCAAGAAUCUAGAUAGAGUUUUAGUAAGGAACACGCAUUCCAGGCAGUACCGUCUUGGGCGGUUAAGUGUUAUUUGUGAAUAAAGGUAUAUUAUUUUGUUUA